AUGUUUGUUUUUACUAUCCCCUUCGGUUCCUGUUGCAUCUAUCUCACUCAUUCUCUAUUGCUUUCUUUUUCCUGUCUCUUUUGCUAUCUUUUUCCUCUCUCUCUCUCUCUCUCUCUCUCUGGUUAUCUUUUCCCUUUUCUCUCUUGCUUUCUUUUUCCUCUCUCUCUCUCUCGCUUUCUUUUCUCCUCUUUUUUCUCUCAUUCUCUCUAUUGCUAUCAUAUUUCUUCUAUCUCUCAUUCUCUCUAUUGCUCUAAUUUUCUUCCUCUCUCUCAUUCACGCUUUUGGUCUCUUUUUCUUCUCUCUCUCAUUCUCACUCUGUUCAAAUGCUCAUUUUCUUUCUUUUUAUUCUCUCAUUCUCUCAUUGCUCGCUUUUAUUCUCUUUCUCAUUCUCUCAUUUUUUUCUUUAUUUCUUUCAUUCCCUCAUUGCCCCCUUUAUUUCUUUCAUUCUUUCUCAUUGCCCCUAGUUUAUUCUCUCAUUCUCAUUGUCCCCUUUAUUUCUUCAUUCUGAAAUUGCCCUAUUUUUCGAAAAAACUCACUCUCUUUUUGCAAAUUCUUUUAUUUCUCUCUCAUUCCCUUUAUUCAUUUCUCUCUUGGCCCUCUUUAAUUCUCUCACUCUUUUUUUCUUUCUCUCCUUCUCUCUCAUUUUCUUUAUUCUCUCACUUCUCUAAUUGCCCUCUAAAUUCUCUAAAUGUUCUCUCAUUGCCCUCAUAUUCUCUCUCAUUCUCUUUCCCUAAUUAUUCUCUCUAUUCUCAUAUUUCUUAUUAUCUCAUUCAAAAGCCCUUUUUAUUUCUCUCUCUCCUCAUUGCCCUAUUUAAAAUCUCUCAUUGUCUCAUUGCCCCAUUUUCUCUUUCAUUCUCUUUCUUGCCCUCUUUAUUCUCUUUCAUUCUCUCAUUGCCCUCUUUAUUCUCUCUCAUUCUCUCAUUCCUUUUUAUUCUCUCUCAUUCUCUCAAGAAUAGAAUUCUCUCUCUCUCUCAUUGCUCUCUUUAUUUCUUUCAUCUCUCAUUGCCCUCUUUAUUCUCUCUCUCUCUCAUUGCCCUCUUUAUUCUCUUCUCAGACUUUCAUUACAGAGAUUUCUCUCUCAUUCUUGUUCUGCCCUUUAUUCUCUCAUUCUCUCAUUGCCCCAUUUAUUCUCUCUCACUCUCUCAUUGCUUUCUUUAUUCUCUUUCAUUCUCAUUCCCUCUUUAUUCUCUCUCCUCUCUCAUUCCCUCUGUAUUCUCUCUCAUUCUCUCAUUGCCCUCUUUAUUAUCUCUCAUUAUCUAUUAUCUUCUUUAUCUCUCUCUCUCUCAUUGCUCACUUUAUUUCUCUAAUUCUCUCAUUGUUUUAUUCUCUCUCAAUCUCUCAUUGCCCCCUUUAUUCUCUCUCAUUCUCUCAUUGCCCCCUUUAUUCUCUCUCAUUCUCUCAUUGCCCUCUUUAUUCAAAUUUCAAAUCUCAUUGCCCCAUUUAUUCUGUCUCACUGUCUCAUUGCCCUCUUUAUUUCUCUCAUUACCCUCUUUAUUUCUCUCUUUAUCUCAUUGCUCUCUUUAUUCUCUAAACUCUCUCAUUUCUUUAUUCUCUCUCAUUCUCUCAUUCCCCCCUUUAUUUCUCUCAUUCUCUCAUUGCCCCCUUUAUUCUUCUCAUUCUCUCAUUGCCCUUUUAUUCUCUUCAUUCUCUCAUUGCCUCUUUAUUCUCUCAUUCUCUCAUUUCCCUCUUUAUUCUCUCUCAUUCUCUCAUAUAAAUUUAUUCUCAGUCAUUCUCUCAUUGCCCUCUUUAUUCUCUUUCAUUCUCUCAUUGCCCUCUUUAUUCUCUCUCAUUCUCUCAUUGCCCUCUUUAUUCUCUCUCACUCUCUCAUUGCCCCCUUUAUUCUCUCUCACUCUCUCAUUGCCCUCUUUAUUCUCUCUCAUUCUCUCAUUGCCCCUUUUACGGAUCUCUCUCAUUCUCUCAUUCUCCUCUUUAUUCUCUCUCUCAUUCUUUCAUCCCCCUCUUUAUUCUCUCUCCUCUCUCAUUUCCCCCUUUAUUCUCUCUCCUCUCUUUGCCCUCUUUAUUCUCUCUCAUUCUUUCAUUGCCCUCUUUAUUCUCUCUCACUCUCUCAUUGCCCCCUUUAUUCUCUCUCACUCUCUCAUUGCCCUCUUUAUUCUCUCUCAUUCUCUCAUUGCCCUCUUUAUUCUCUCUCACUCUCUCAUUGCCCUCUUUAUUCUCUCUCACUCUCUCAUUGCCCUCUUUAUUCUCUCUCAUUCUCUCAUUUCCCUCUUUAUUCUCUGUCAUUCUCUCAUUGCCCUCGGAAAGCGUUUUCAUUCUCUCAUUGCCCUUUUUAUUCUCUCUCAUUCUCUCAUUGCCCCCUUUAUUCUCUCUCACUCUCUCAUUGCCCUCUUUAUUCUCUCUCAUUCUCUCAUUGCCCUCUUUAUUCUCUCUCACUCUCUAAUUGUCCUCUUUCUUCUCUCUCAUUGCUCUCUUUAUUCUCUCUCUCUCUGUCAUUGUCCUCUUUCUUCUCUCUCAUUCUCUCAUUGCCCUCUUUAUUCUCUCUCACUCUCUCGUUGCCCUCUUUAUUCUCUCUCAUUCUCUCAUUGCCCUCUUUAUUCUCUUUCAUUCUCUCAUUACCCCCUUUAUUCUCUCUCAUUCUCUCAUUGCCCCCUUUAUUCUCUCUCAUUCUUUCAUUGCCCUCUUUCUUCUCUCUCAUUCUCUCAUUUCACAUUCUCUCAGUGCUCUCAUUCUCUCUCUCUUGUUGUCUUUUUCUCUUUCAUUCUCUCUCUUUUUUCUUUCUCUCUCUCAUUCUCUCUUUUGCGCUCUUUUUCUCUCUUUCUCAUUCUCUUCCUUGCUCUCUUUUUACUUUCUCAUUCUUCGCUAUCUCUUUUCUCUCUCAUUCUCUUUCUUUCUAUCUUUUUUUCUUUCUCAUCCUCUUUCUUGCUCUUUUUCGCUCUCUCUUGCUCUCUUUUUCGCUCUCUCAAACUAGAAAAUAUUAUAUCUAUCGUUUUCUUUUUUUCUCUGUCUUGCUCAUUUUCGUUUUUCUCUCUCAUAAUCUCUCUCUUUUCAUAUUCCGAAUCUCUCAUUUUCUUUCUUGCUCUUUUUUCUCUCUCGCAUUUUCUCUCUUGCUCUCUUUUUCUCUUUCUUGCUCCCUUUUUCUCUCUCUCACUCAUCCUCUCUCUUGCUCCUUUUUGCCUCUCUCUCUCUCUCUCUCCUUCUUCCUAUCGCUCUCUUUUUCUCUCUCGCUUUCAUUCUUUCUCUUGUUCUUUCUCUUUCUUUUUCUCAUUUACUCUCACUCUCUUGGUCUCUUUAUCUAUUUCGCCAAAAGAAUUGCCGGCCAUUAGAUUUUUUUUUUCUUAUUUUUCUAAGCAUUCUUUUCAGAACCUAGGAAUUUUUCUCUUUUGA